AUGAAUUCAACACUGACAACAUUGAUUUUCGAUGCGACAACUGAAACAUCAAAGAGUGCCGCUGAUUCAGCGAUCGGAUAUGCUGCUCUGCUAAUCUCGUGUCUCGGUUUUGGUUUGAUGUUCGCCCCAAUGCGGAAAGUGGACAGUCGAGAUGGGUUUUUUGUGCAAUGGGUCCAGUGCAGUGUCGUCUUCUUAUUCGGCUUCAUCAUCAAUAUUAUACGUGAUUUUCCUAAAUUUGAGCCAAUCGCCGCCAUUGGUGGGAUACUGUAUGCAACUGGAAAUCUGUUCUCAAUCCCGAUCGUCGCAAGGAUCGGUGCCGGGCUGUCACUUCUUUUCUGGGGAUCUAUACAGGUGAUGGUCGGUUGGGCGGUGGCUCGUUUCGGUCUUCCUUUUGAUCUCCUCAAUGAAUCGCCCGUCCAGCACAAUGCCCUCAAUUACAUCGGAAUGUUUUUAACAUUGAUUUGUGGAAUCAUGUUCAUCUUUGUGAAACACGAAAAUGAUGAAAGAAAUGUGAUUAAUGAAAAAGUUGAACAAAAGGAAACAAUAGAAUUAGAAGAGAGUCAGGUCAAAAUCCAACAACAAUCGGCAGAAAAGACGAGUUUAAAUGAAACACUGGGCAAGUUACCCUAUAUCGGCAUGGCGUGUUGUCUAGGCGUUUUGCAUGGAUUGAUGAUGUGCCCACUGGAUAUUCUCAAGCAGAAACACCCAUCCGAUGACAAAUAUCGAGUGUUCGACUUUUGCUUUUCCUACUUUAGUACGAUAUUUUUCUUCUCUACAAUCUAUUUCGUUAUUUAUUGCGUCGUGAGGAGAAAGAAGAUUUAUGUGAAUAGCGCAAUCAUUCUCCCAACGCUUGUCUACGGGAUUCUGUGGAAUGUCGGGAUGACAUUUUGGUUCCUUUCAAGCGAUAAAUUAGAGCAAACCGUUGCCUAUCCUAUAACGACAAGGUUACCCGCCAUCAUGAGUGCCCUCAUCGAUGUCGUUAUUUUCAAAAGUAUUCGGGGUCGAAACAAUCUCCUCUAUUUGUCUUUUUGUUGUCUUCUUGGUGUCAUGGCUGUCAUUUUGAUUGCAGAACAAAUCGACGAAGUUUUCCCACUUUUUCUCGAUAAACGCAAUUUUUAUGAUGAAUUUCACAUGAAUCCUCAUCUCCGUGCUCGUUUCCUUUCAUUGAUGGAGGGCAACGUUCUCAGCGCACAACGUCUUGGG